AUGGCGGCUCUAGCGUCGCGAGCUGGGCUCGCUCCGUUCAGGAACCCUAUUACUCUAAUCACGCCAUUACCAGCAGCAGCGCUAUUCAAAGCCUACGAUCGCGUUCUUCCCGAGAAUGGCAUCGAUCCAGACGAUGAUCACCACCUGUCCGCCUUUGUCUUCCGGGUUGGAGGUGAGCGCGGCCAGGGUACGUUGCCGGAUAAGCUUCAUACUAUUCUCGGUCGGAUGGGUAUCGAGCUUGAAUUUGGGGAGGACAAUGCUUUCUCAGUGAGAUCCUCGCCUUCUCCUGCGCCUCCAGAAUCGCCCCCGACUCGCCUCUCAACGUUUCCCCCACGGCCAUAUAGCAAGGAAUUGCCAGUGAUUGAUAGCGAUCCUCCAGAUACGGCUUCAUUCUCGCGCCCCCCUUCGCAGCGUGGAGUCGGAGAGUCAAUCGCGGACGAUGCCAGUGACUUUUCCCGGAGCGGGAUUGAGGAGGCACUUGAGUCAGCAAGGCGUAUGGCGUUGUCCUCAGCGCUGUACCGAUGGCGACAAGCGGCAUCUCAAAAUCGCAGGGUCCAAGGCAGGCUUGCCUUGGCUGACAGUUUUAGAAUGGCUGCCCCUCCGGCUCCUGCGACUUCCGCGACACCUUAUCCGCGAGAUGUGCCUGGUGAAACCGAGAAGCGCAUUACUCACCCCGUUGCGAGCAGACCAGAACUCCAAGUCCAGACGGAGGAAGAAGAGGCAGAAGCACAUGAAGUACCGAAUGCAGUGGUCAAAUCCAGUCGCACUGAUCCACGCCCCGUCCGAUCAACCUCACUUCUCGCCGUGAUGAACCGUUGGAGUGCAAUGGCAGCAAAAGCCCGAGACCUGCAUCGACUACCAAAUGCAGAGGGCAGGAGAACAGCCCCACUGGAACCUCUGCCUGCCAACUCAAGCAAAAUCACAGAACUUGCUGAGCUGAGUACCGUCGUUGCAGCUGAGGCUGAACCUGAAAUAAACGGACCUACAGGACUUGUGGAGGACAGUGAUACAAGGAGAGAGAGCCUGAAGUCAAGUUCUAUAUCGGCACAAGCGAAGCCCAAAGUUGCUACACCACCAAAACAAAUAACACGAGCUCGCGACGAAUUACGGACACCGAAUCCUGAGGCGGAGAAGGUAGCUUUGUUUGAGAGAGACCAGCGACUGCUUACCCGGGCUGGGCGUGCUCGAGAGAUAUACCUGGCAAGUAAGGUUUUCAACCAUUGGGCUGAUAAAACUGCCCGCCGACUGGAGCGGGAGGCAGUUGCCUGGCGGCACAUGAUUCGAUUUCGGUACUUCAGGGGAUGGUGCCAAGCCCCCAGCUCUAGGACGCCGGUUGUGGACCAAAUGAGAGCCAGCACGGCUGUGCAGAAACUUAGGAGAGCUGUUGCAGAGCAACAGGCUCAUUUCAAGUUGGCUGCCGACGCUGCUCUCCGCUCUCAUCAGCAGCGCAAAGUGCACCGAGCUCUAGAGAAAUGGUCAUGCCUCGUGUCAGCUGGCAAAGCUCGCGAUCGUGGUCAGGUACGGAAGAGAGGUGUCAUGUUAACACGUUGGUCACAACGGGCCCGGUACAAUGCUCAGCUUGGUCAUGUAGCAACCGAACACAUGGAGAAGGAAAACCAUGCCGACAUCUUAUUCAAAUGGUCAAGGAAGGCCAACGAUGAUUUAAGACGAAAUUUCGUUGCAGAGCAAAUCGGGUUGGGCUGGUCCUCAUAUCAAUUUCUCCAAGAAUGGUGGGAUCAAGCGGAGGCUAGCCGAAGGGCCCAGGUGUAUCGGCAAAAUCUUCUGGUAUCAAAAGUAGUUCGUGCUUUCGAUCAGUGGAAUUUGCAAGCAAGGGCCCAGGCUUUUGUUUGGAGAACGGAGUACCUCUCUGUGAGCAGAGUAUUCGAUCAAUGGAUGCGGCUCUGUCGCCAGGAUGGCGAAUUGAGAGACAAGGCCCAGACAUUCCAGAAACAAGUAGCUGUGUCGAAGGUGAUCCGAUGCUGGAAGGUUGUUGACAGCUCUCGCUCAAACUUAGAUCGUCUUGACAGGCGAGUGCAGCUUUAUAUUGGAAGCAUGCGACUUCUGGAUACCUUUACACAAACAGUAACGCGAAACCAGCUACGCGAGAAGGUGGCCCUGAAACGAUACCUCCGUCAGAGAUACCAACAAGUGUCAUCCGCAAGAAAAAGAAGACAUUUUUUCUCGGCAUUGGAUAAAUGGCAAUCAUUAACGCUUUAUAACAGGCGCCACGCAGCUUUAGCAAACGAAAUGGUGGAGUCUCAGGAGCUCAAUAGUGUUGUCAAGGCCGUGGAUAGUUGGCAUGAGCAAGCCAUGGCUGAUGAAGUUCAAUCGAUAGACGCGCACCUGCAUUAUAUCCGAGCCUGGUGGAAUGCGUGGAAUGAGGCGUCGUGGAGUUACCGGCAAAGGGGAUCCGAUGCUUGGGAUCUAUGGGCCUCUGGAACACGUUAUCAGUAUCAAAAAGCCUGGUCUAAUUCUUCGAUUCAGCAGCGGGGACAUGCACACACGGCCGCUGUGGUAGAAGAGAGGCACGAUCGUGAUAAACAGCGUCGGGCAUUUAACUACUGGAGAGCACGAGUUGACCCGGGCAAGAGCGUCAGGUUUGACACCGUACCUCAAUCUGCCCCUGAGCAUCGACCGUCACACCCGUUUCGGAUGAGUUGGAAGACUGCAUCAGUACUAAGGUCACAACUGGGGAGAAGCCAGGGCAUAUCAAAAUAUCAACCUCUACAACUAGAAACUCCUACUCGGUGGACGGGGCAAAUGGUGCCGAUGAGCAAUGUUCUGUCGGCACGGCCAAUGCCAUCUCUUCGUGAAGCGGAGGAAAGGUCGUCUGCUCCCUCGAGUCUCACUGAGGAUGAACCCCCUGUAUCGCCUUCCAGGCGGCAGGUUGAGCGAACUUAUACCGCUAACUUGCCCACGACGACUCCUCGUGGUCCCGUUCCUACACACUUAGAACCACCUUUCCAGGCUCAAACUGGCCCUCCGUGGAUCCGCAGUUCGCUCGGAGAGGCUUCGUUGGCCCCGGGGGAAAGUUCCAGAUCCCAUCAUCGAGGGGUCAAAAGAAAGAGUCCUAGUGCUGUCCCAACCCAGACAGAGACGAACCCGAUCCCAUCAACCAAAUACGCCGGCAACUAUACCACCCCCAUAAACUUCGGUGCUACGUCGACGGGAGCAGACAUGAAACACAUGCCAGCCACUAUACGCUCCACCGUACCAUAUACACCCGCCCGCUCGACGAUCAAGGGUAAAUCAGUCCUAUCAAGGCCAUCUCGAACACAGACUACGGAUUUUCGAAAGUCGGAAUCGUCGAUUCCCAUACCAUCUACUAGAGCCGGACCAUAUAUCAAACGGUGA